AUGGCAAUGGUAACACCCUCACCGAAAGAAGUAAAUAUAUUAUUACUUGGAGAAACUGGUGUAGGAAAAUCCACAUUUAUCAAUGCUCUCUACAAUUAUCUUAAGUUUGAUACAUUAAACGAUGCGUUAUCUGGAAAUAUGGAAAUAUUGAUCCCAUCAAAGUUCACAGUAACGGAUGAAGAUUAUGAGUUUAGAACUAUAGAACUUGGGGAUGAUUCAAACGAAAAUUUAGCAAAUGUUGGAAUGUCAGCCACUCAAUCAUGUAAAGAAUAUCAAUUUGACUUAGGAGAUGUUAUCGUAAGAUUUAUUGAUAGUCCAGGAAUUGGUGAUACUAGAGGAAUUGAUAAAGACAAAGAAAACUUUGAAAAUAUUCUCAAAUAUAUCAGCAAUUACGAAUAUUUAAAUGGAAUUUGUAUUCUUCUCAAGCCAAAUAGUGCUCGAUUAACUAUAUUAUUCAAAUUUUGUAUACAAGAAUUAUUAUCUCAUUUGCAUAAGAGUGCCAAAGACAACAUUGUUUUUUGUUUCACUAAUUCUAGAGGAACUCUUUAUCGUCCAGGUGAUACAUUACCAGCGCUUAAAGAACAACUCCGUAAACUUGAACAAAGAUCUAGUGUUGAAAUAAAGACGAACAAAGAAACCAUGUACUGUUUUGAUAACGAAUCAUUUCGAUUUCUAGCUGCAACCAAAAAUGGUGUAAAAUUUAGUAAGGAAGAUGAAAUAAGCUUUGCAGAAAGUUGGAAAAGAUCAAUAAAUGAAUCUGUAAGACUAUUUGAAUACCUUUCUUACCGUAAACCUCACAAAGUACAAGAUACUUUAACACUCAAUGAAGCUAGAAAUAUUGUAUUACAUCUCGCUAAACCUCUUGCAGCCAUAGAACAAAAUAUUCAAACAAAUAUUAACCUGAUUAAAGAUCGGCAAAAAGAAAUUGAUAGUUGCGCUGAAUCUAUUCAAGAUCUUAAAAAGAGAUUGUCUAUUCCUCAGCGAGUCCUUGAACCAAAACAACUAGGAUAUCCCAGAACGGUAUGCACUGGUUGCAAUUAUGAAUGUGUAGAUGGGAAUUUUAACUACAAAUCUCAUUGCCAUGAACAUUGUUAUUUGGAUGGGGUUGUGACUGAAAUGCUUAAUAAUGCCAAAUUAUUAAAUUGUGCGGCUAUGCAAAAGAAUGGAACUUGUCAAGUAUGUGGUUGCAAUUAUGCGAUACAUAUGCAUAUGACUGUUGAGUACUACAAUAAAACUAUAAAUGCUAUUGAUAAGAAUGUGGAAAAACAAAUUAAUGAUAAAAAUUCAUUUAAAGUAACAAAAGAAACUGCCAUAAAAAGUUGCGAACAAAAACGCAGACAACUAGAAAGUGAACAAAAGAAGAUAACAGAAAUUAAUAUCCUGUUCGCAAAAUUUCUAAGACAAAGUGCGAUAGCCACAUUUAAUGAUUCAUAUGCCGAAUACCUGGAUCUUUUCAUACGUGAAGAAAAAGCCAAGAAAAGUCAUGACCCCGCCAAUUAUAAUAAUGCAAUUAUUGAAGGACUUGAAAAGACGAAAAGAGAAUAUAUGGCAAAAAUUGAAAUUAUAAAAAAAGCUAUCGCAUCUAAUGAUUCUUCUGGAGAUAUAAUCACUUCAGAAGAUAUAAUCAAAUAUGAAAAAGAAUUAUAUAAUUUGGAAAUCAAUGGGGAAACUUUGAAAAAUUUGAAAUUUACGGCGCAACGUGGUCAAGCUUUUGCAUUUAAUCAACAUCGAUCUAAUACUAAUAGUAAUAGACGUAAAUCAGCAUCUAAACUUUUUGCUCGAAUAUAUAGGCGUUAA